AUGGUGGCGCUUUCCUUCCUCCCGACGUCUGCGGGUACGGACCUGGCGACGCUGAACUCCUGUCGCCCACCGGAACCCCCUGAACCACCUGACCCGCCGGAUACACUCCUCCCAUCUCCACCAUCACUCGCCAUUCUUGUCUCAUGGAGGCUCUCGUCUCCUACUCCGGUAUUGGCCACCGGUUCUCCACUGUGGAGUUUGUCUCUUGCCGGGAAAGGUCAAUCGAUCCACAUCCUACCCAUCCUCCACCACUGUCGGACUAAGCCGAUGUCCUCCCUAGAUCGGACCGGCUCCAAAUCGGAAAGCGCCCGAUGUCGGAUAUCACCCCCUGAUUCGGUCUCCCUUCGACUCCGGGCUCGAGACUCUGUGUCUCAUCUCCUUGCUCGAAGGCUAAGGAGGCCAACUUCCUCUCCCCCGCCGCGAACUCAGAUCCCUGUCCCCUCAAUUCAGAUCCAAGAUCCCCGACCUAGCACGGGUUUUGACGAGUCUCGGAAGCCCAGCAUCCCGGCUCCCAUCCCUGCGACGGCUCACUCCGAACACCCACCGGCGAUGGCCCUAACACACGCAGCCGUAACCUACUCUCUCCUCUACACCAAGAACAACUGGGCCUUGGACUAUCAAAGGAAUGGGCAUGUAAGCCCAAGAGUAUAUUUCCCCAAAGGCCCAUGCAAGAAGCAAACUCUCGAGCAGAUCAUGAUUAUUCAGGUAUUGGGCCUGGCCCAUGUGCUUAAUAUGGGGCUGAAAACAGUUUUCACCUCAAUGGAAGAGUUCAUUUCCCCAUUCUUCCAUCUUCUUUGUGAGACUGGUCGUAUUUUAUUCCCUCUCUUAGAGAAUGGUCGAAUUCCCGAGUUACAUGCCGGGAUUUUCAAAGUCACAAUGGAAAGUGACUACCCUAAGACUCUCCGACCUUGCCGCGAAGACCCUCUUAACGCAUCCGAGACAUGUUUGGGAUCCGCUAGCCGCGAAAGAGGCGAUUUUGGCGAGGAAAAUAUUCUCUCUUCGUCACGGUUGCUGUUGGUCGGCGGUUGUCUUCGUCACCGCAAGGGUGAUCUCUUCAACCUCUUUCUCUCUCACGGCGAUGGAAGGCGUAGCGAAGAGAUCUCGCGAUCUCUCUCACGGCGACGGAAGGUGAAGAGAUAUCGCGAUCUCUCUCACGGCGACGGAAGACGAAGAGAUCUCGCGAUCUCUCUCACGUAUCUGUUCGUCUGCGACGGCGAUUCACAUCUCGCGAUCACUCUCACGGCGACGGAAGGCGAAGAGAUCUUCUCUCUUCUCUCUGUGCGAUGGAAGGCGAAGAGAUCUUCUCUCACGGUGAUUCACAUCUCUCUGCAAUCAUCUCUCUCACUGGUGAUUCAUCUCUCUCUCUGA